CUUUGUUCCUGAACUGCAGUCCGUUGGGGCCUGGGUACGAGCUUCAGGAGGCCCUAUGCGUUUGAGCAUCAGCCACCAGGGGUCGCCGCUAACGACAUCUCCACAGUCGGGCCCUGUGUCCGCAAUCACAGCUAGUACAUUCCGUGACAGAGUGUCCAGCAACCGCAUUCACGACCGGCCGCGCAGCCUCCACACGGAGCACCUCCGUGCUGACGUGAUGCCUGUUGGCAAGAUGACACCAGCCACGGACUCUGACAGCAAGAAGGAUGGGUCCAACUCCUCCCUGGAAGCCACACCAGAGUCAGUUGCCGGAGAAUGCUCAGAGGACAAACCCCAUGUCGAAGUGAAAUGCUUGACUGUGGUAACACCUCCUUCUGAAAUUGUGGAAGCAAUGAAAAAUCCCAGUGAUGGCAUCUGCUUCCUGCCCAAGCAAGGUGGCAUCCCUCAAAACUCUUUCAUUAGUGUCGAAGCUACGGCAUGGGUUCGAGACCACGUGGAAGGCAUACACUCCGACCACGAUGCCAUCCAACUGCUUCAGAAACUGGUAGAAGAGUCCUACAUUUGCCAUGCAUCUGGAGAUGUAAACCAUCCGUUCAUCAAUGGCUUUUACAUUUACUCUUUCCCGGACAAGAAUACCAAAGAAAAUUAUGAGGUAGAUCUGGAUGCUUACCAACACGAGUGGAUCGAAGUGGAGCUGCUGCCUCAGAAUGAACACAGUGGAAGUGCAGGCGAGCUGGACAGCACCGAAAUUGAUAUUGGCAAAAAGCUGGAGUUCCGGAAUGUCAAUGUCGACAUCGAUGUUGGUGGUCGCAGUGACCGGCCUGAAUGGGGUCAGGCACAGUACCACACCAUAUUCCAGCCAGGAGAAGCAUUCGAGAUCAUUGUUGAGUGGAUGGUUGCUACCGGUUACAUAAUUGCUGAUCUGGUGCUGGGCUGGGCACGCAAAGCAAACAGCCAAGGACUGCAGUUAGUACCCAUUCCGAGUGACCCAUUUGUGUUGCCUGAGUCACCCAAAUCUGACCCCCUGCGGGGUGCCAUCUUUAUGCCACUGCACAUUGGCGUCCUUGACAAUCCUGCCUCCCAGCUGCUACGAGGCGAGUAUCUGGCAAAGCACUCACCAUUAUGUCCCAGUAUUUGGGAACCACAGGAUGUAGAUAGAUAAGAAGAUGCGUGUGUU